AUGUUUAAAGCUGGCCAGACAAACCCAUACGACGAGAUUAUUGCGAAGACUACCGAUGAGAACCUCACGGGCGAGAACUGGGAGCUGAUCCUGAACUUGUGCGACAAGGUACAGGAAGAAGGGGAACAAGGGGCACGAAAUGUCAUUGCGUCCAUCUUGAAGCGUCUGACGCACAGAACGUCCAAUGUCCAGCUGUACACACUCACCCUGGCCGAGUCGCUAACAAAGAACUGCGGGAUUGAGGUGCACAGAGAGAUAGCAUCCCGUGCUUUCACCCAAGGCUUGGAGAGACUGAUCACGGACCGGAAUACCCAUGAGAAAGUACGGCGCAGGGCGCUGGGCCUGAUCGCGGAAUGGACCGCAGACUUUGAGAAGGACCAGUCGUUAGGGGUCAUGGAAGAGUGUUACGCGAAUCUCAGGGCGAAGGGCUACAAGUUCGAUACUCCGAACGAGCCCCCGCCGCCCGAAGUUGAUGACGACAUCCGCCGCAGAGAGGAAGAAGAGCUCCAACGCGUCCUCGAGAUGUCCAUGCAUGACAAAGGCGGCCGUGGCCAGUGGAACGAGUACUCGCUCACGUCCUCGAGCGGCGCGGGCGCGUCUGUUGCUGCUGCUGCUGCGUCGGGCUCGCGUGCGACUGCGACGCCUACGCCCGUCACAAGCUCCUCAGCCGCAGCACGCCCGACAUACGGCGGCUAUGUUCCGUCCGCAAGCCCUGCAUUGUCAGGCGGGCCACCUGCAAUUCCGACGCCCACACGGUCGUACAGUACCGCCAGCGUGGCCAGCGCGACAAGCGCAGUGACCGCAAGCCCUGCACCGUCGAUCCACUCGCAGGACAGCGGGACCCAGAUCGUGACGCGCGUGCGCGCGCUACAUACAUUCGAGCCCACGGAGGCGGGUGAGCUCGCGUUCGAGAAGGGGGACAUCAUCAAGGUUGUCGACCGUGGCUACAAAGAUUGGUGGCGAGGGCAACUGAAGGGCCGCACGGGUAUCUUCCCCGUUAACUACGUGGAACGAUUACCCGAACCUACAAUGACUGAGAUCGCCAGAGAAGCUGAACAGGAGGCGGCGGUGUUCACGCAGGCAGCGAAUGUGGACCGCUUACUCACUAUGCUUCGACAGAUGGACCCUGCGAAGGAUAACCUCGCAGAUAAUGAGGAGAUUCAGGAGCUAUAUCGGUCGUGUAUGAGCCUGCGGCCUAAGAUCGUCAAGCUAAUCGACAAGUACAGCCAGAAACGAGCUGACCUCGUGACGAUGAAUGAAACAUUUGUAAAGGCUCGAUCCAUUUUCGACCGCAUGAUGGAAGAGAGCUUGGCACGACACACAUCAGUCGGUGAGUAUACUGCAUGCAUCUACUGUAUCUCUCGUUUUCAUCAAUGA